AUGAGUUCGGAAUCAAGUUCGCCGGAGAAGAAGCCAAUUGUCAUUAUAACCAUAGGCAUGGCCGGCGCAGGAAAAUCUACCUUCGUGCAACGAAUAAACUCCUAUCAGCACUCUCUUGAACCACCCUCACCUCCGUAUAUCCUCAACCUUGAUCCAGCCGUAACGAAUGUCCCCUUUGAAGCAAACAUAGACAUCCGGGACACUGUCAAUUAUCACGAAGUGAUGAAGCAGUGUGUGGUUCUUCCACCUUGCUUAUAUAAUCUUGGACCGAACGGGGGAAUUUUGACCGCUCUCAACCUCUUCACGACCAAGUUUGACCAGGUGCUGGAUCUAGUCGAGAAGCGAGCUCAGGAAGUCGAUUAUAUUAUCUUGGACACCCCAGGACAGAUUGAGAUUUUCACCUGGUCGGCCUCGGGAGCUAUCAUCACGGAUGCGGUUGCUUCGACGUUGCCCACGGUCGUCGCAUACAUCAUAGAUACGCCGAGGACAACUGCCCCCGCAACAUUUAUGUCGAAUAUGCUAUACGCCUGCAGCAUUCUAUAUAAGACUAAAUUGCCGUUCAUCCUCGUCUUCAAUAAGACAGAUGUUCAACCUCAUGAUUUUGCUCUAGAAUGGAUGCAUGAUUUUGAGGCCUUCCAAGCUGCGUUGGCCACCCACCGUGGCACUACAGACGAUGAAGGCGAACCAACAUACAUGAACAGUCUCAUGAACAGCAUGAGUCUCGUGCUGGAUGAAUUUUACCAACAUCUGACGGCUGUUGGCGUCUCGAGUAUGACGGGAGCAGGAGUGAAAGAAUUUUUUGAUGCGCGCGGUACGCGGCUCUCCGUCGUCGUGCUCAAUGUUCUUCUCCCGCUUAUUCACCCCCACGCUAUGGUAACUUCUGGUACACUCGGUUUCCACGCUAGUGAGUAUCUUCCUGAGCUCGAGCGCGCCCGUGCAGCGCGGGCAGAGACGCUGCAAGCGGCAAAGGAGGAUUCCGUGAGCAGGCUUAUGAAGGAUCUCGCCGUUGAUCGUGCACGAAAUCCUUCUGGCGCGUUGCAUGACCGCUGGGACCCAAAUGAGGACGAUGACGACGGCAACGACGCGGAGGUCAAUAUCAUUGAUCGUAUGACAUUCGCUCUCCCUCUCGUCUUUCCGUCCUUCACCCUCUUCCCCCAAGUCGUCCCCCCGCCUUUCGUCUAUUUGUUUACUCGGUAUAGUAGCACGGUCUUUGUCUGGUCGAUUCUUCCGCCAAUAUGGAACGGUCGCUACUCCAAGAUCGAGAAGAUUGGUGAAGGCACGUAUGGUGUUGUCUACAAGGCCCGCGAUGUAACGACCAACCAAGUGGUCGCCAUGAAGAAGAUAAGGCUCGAGGCGGAAGACGAGGGAGUCCCUAGUACUGCUAUACGAGAAAUCAGUCUGCUGAAAGAGCUGAAGGACGACCAUGUUGUCAGACUGCUUGAUAUAGUCCACGCUGAUCAGAAGCUGUAUCUCGUAUUCGAAUUCCUCGACGUUGAUUUGAAGAGAUAUAUGGAACAAGCCAAUCAGGUUGGAAAUCCUAUUACUCCGGAUCUGGUAAAGAAAUUCACUCACCAGCUAUCUUCUGGUCUCCUCUACUGCCAUUCGCAUCGCAUUCUUCAUCGCGACUUGAAACCGCAAAACCUGCUCAUCGAUAAAUAUGAUAACUUGAAACUCGCGGAUUUUGGGCUCGCAAGGGCUUUUGGGAUACCCAUGAGGACAUACACUCACGAGGUUGUCACUUUGUGGUAUCGUGCACCCGAAGUCCUCUUGGGGUCUCGUCACUAUUCAACUGCGAUCGAUAUGUGGUCGGUUGGAUGUAUCUUUGCGGAGAUGGUUAUGAGAGGACACCCUCUGUUUCCAGGAGACUCUGAGAUUGAUCAGAUCUUCAAGAUUUUCAGAGUGCUUGGGACACCUAGUGAGGAGUCUUGGCCAGGAGUCAAGCAAUUACCAGAUUACAAACCAACAUUCCCCCACUGGUCUGCUCAAGAUCUGGCUGAUCACGUACCAACAUUAGAUGAUGAAGGUUUGGAUCUGCUAAAGCUCAUGCUGACUUAUGACACCAGCAAGCGCAUAUCAGCCAAGCGCGCUCUCCAUCACCCGUACUUCGACAAUUUCAAGCUCUAA